AUGGACGGCAAUUACAAUAGUUACAACUCAUUCGGCGGCGGCAGCGGUGGUGGAUUCAUGCCCGGCGAAACGAACAGUCCGGCAGGUGGCAAGACCUUUGAUCGUGACAAUAAAACCCUCCGCCCUGUGACAGUGAAACAAAUUCUCGACGCCUCGCAGCCCUUCCCCGAAGCCCCAUUUCAGAUCGACGGUGCCGACGUCGCCAACGUCCUUUUCAUGGGACAGGUACGCAACAUCAGCUCACAGAGUACGAACGUGACAUACAAGAUCGACGACGGCACAGGCGAGAUCGAGGUCAAGAAAUGGGUUGACUCCGCCACCGCAGACAACAUGGACACCGAUGACAACAGGGCACCCGCCGAUGGAAAGGGCGAGAUCCAGCUCAACGGCUACGCCCGAGUCUUCGGCUCUAUCAAGUCCUUCGGAAACAAGCGAUACAUCGGCGCUCAUUCGGUCCGGGUCUUGUCGAAUAUCAAUGAGUUGCAUACUCAUCUGCUGGAAGCUACUGUCGUGCAUCUGUUCUUCACUCGUGGCCCGCCCGGUGCCGCUCCUGCGGGUGGGAAUGUCGCCGGUGCUGAUGCUGUUAUGGGUGGUGCGGGUGAAUACAAUGAGCAAAAUAAGGCGCUUGCUUCGAUGUCCCCUGUUGCGAAGAAAAUUUAUCAGCUGCUCCAGUCGGAGCCUCAGGACCAUUCGGGUCUACAUAUGCAGGUUAUUGCUUCGAGAUUGAACAUCCCUGUGACUGAGAUUGCUAGGGCUGGUGAGGAAAUGCUUGGUGCUGGUUUGGUCUUCUCGACCCUGGAUGACCAGACCUGGGCUGUGCUGGAGUACUAG